AUGAACGGACACAGCCGGAACGGGCAGGCCCAUGCCCCCCGGCGGAAACGUCGCAACCGCUUUGUCAAGAAGAAUGGCCAGUGCAACGUUUACUUUGCCAACCUCAGCAACAAGUCCCAGCGCUACAUGGCCGACAUCUUCACCACGUGCGUGGACACGCGCUGGCGCUACAUGCUCAUGAUCUUCUCCGCCGCCUUCCUGGUCUCGUGGCUCUUCUUUGGCCUCCUCUUCUGGUGCAUCGCCUUCUUCCACGGAGACCUGGAGCCCAGCCCAGCGCCGGCGCCUGGACCCGCCGGAGGGGGCUCGGGGGGAGGCGGGAGCCCACAGCCCGCUGCCGUCAAGCCCUGCAUCAUGCAUGUGAACGGCUUCCUGGGCGCCUUCCUCUUCUCCGUGGAGACGCAGACCACCAUCGGCUACGGCUUCCGCUGCGUGACCGAGGAGUGCCCGCUGGCCGUCAUGGCGGUGGUGGUGCAGUCCAUCGUAGGCUGCGUCAUCGACUCCUUCAUGAUUGGCACCAUCAUGGCCAAGAUGGCCCGGCCCAAGAAGCGGGCCCAAACGCUGCUCUUCAGCCACCACGCGGUCAUCUCGGUGAGGGACGGCAAGCUCUGCCUCAUGUGGAGGGUGGGCAACCUGAGGAAGAGCCACAUCGUGGAGGCCCACGUGCGGGCCCAGCUCAUCAAGCCCUACAUGACCGAGGAGGGCGAGUACCUGCCCCUGGACCAGCGGGACCUCAACGUGGGCUACGACAUCGGGCUGGACCGCAUCUUCCUGGUGUCGCCCAUCAUCAUCGUCCACGAGAUCGACGAGGAGAGCCCCCUCUACGGCAUGGGCAAAGAGGAGCUGGAGUCGGAGGACUUUGAGAUCGUGGUCAUCCUGGAGGGCAUGGUGGAGGCCACGGCCAUGACCACACAGGCCCGCAGCUCCUACCUGGCCAGCGAGAUCCUGUGGGGCCACCGCUUCGAGCCAGUGGUCUUCGAGGAGAAGAGCCACUACAAGGUGGACUACUCGCGUUUCCAUAAGACCUACGAGGUGGCUGGCACACCCUGUUGUUCAGCCCGUGAACUCCAGGAAAGCAAGAUCACGGUCCUCCCCGCCCCGCCGCCACCUCCCAGUGCCUUCUGCUAUGAGAACGAGCUGGCGCUCAUGAGCCAGGAGGAGGACGAACUAGAGGAGGACGUGGCUGGGUUGGGGCUGGAGGGUGGCUCUAAGGAAGAUGGCGGCAUCAUCCGCAUGUUGGAGUUUGGGAGUCACCUGGACCUGGAGAGGAUGCAGGCCACCUUGCCCCUUGACAACAUCUCCUACCGCCGGGAGUCGGCCAUUUGA